CCUAGUGGGAAUCUGGCAAAAAGCAGCAUGGAGUCACUGACCUGGACAGGAUGGAUUCGCCAUAAAUUUACUAAAUCAAGAAUUCCAGCUUCAGUAUUUCAGCCACAACCUUCAGAUCAUGAAAAGUAUGGAGGUGAUCCUCAGCAGCCUCACAAAUUGCAUCUUAUCACUAGAAUCAGAAGUGGAAUAGGUCGUCCCUACUGGGAAAAGAAGAUAAUACAUGAUUUUGGACUGGAUAAAAGAUUUCAGCCCAGAGUGCACAAAAAUAUCCCAGCUGUGAAUGCAAAACUGAAAGUCAUAAAGCAUCUGAUAAGAAUACGACCUCUGAAAUUACCUCAUGGAAUUCCAACAGAAGAGGAAAUGUCAGAUACCUUCCUGAAGAGCACGGGAGAAUUAGUAAUUCGGCGGCGUCUGAAACCAGUGGAACAAAAAGCAAUUAUGUCAUAGUAUGCACUGACUAUUCCCACUUUUAUAAAAUAAUCCAAUUUAUCAGUUAAAUAAUUUAAGUAUUAAGGAAUGAUUAAAGUGAAACUCAAUCUGUCCAUGAGAAGCACA